GCGGUCCGACACAGGCAAAGUUCUGAAGACGGCCACGCGGAUUGCGUUUGGUAUCCAAUCUAGGCUAUUGACCGAUUGUUUAAGUGACUGUAACUAAAAAACAAAUUAUAAUGGACCAAAAAACAGACGAUCAAGGCACCCCAGAUUCUUGGGAACAACAUUCUGACGGUGCCUUAGAUAAUGGAGAAGACAGCGAUAAUUUGUCGAAGCCUUUUCUAGGACUGAAUGUGGAUGCACCGCCAUUCGUUCCAUCUUUUGCGACUUUAGCAGCAGCUCAAGCACAAAACCCUGUUUCAGAAGACGAAGCUAAUUCUGAAACCGAAAAGCAGCCUGUACCAGAUCCUCCACCAUUAGCUAUGGAAAUUGAUCUCAAACAAGGUGGUGAUGUGGAUGGUGGAAGUGAUGAUUCCCCAGCAGAUUGGGAAAAUGUAGAUAUAGAGAAUAAUCAUCUAGCUGAUGAUGAUGAAGAAAUAGUAGAAGAGGUAGAAAUAGUAUCAAAGAGUAAAAAAAAAGUCUUGCAAGAAGAGGAAGAAGGUGUUAGAAAAGAGCAUGUGAAUGUUGUAUUUAUUGGCCACGUAGAUGCUGGCAAGUCAACAAUUGGUGGUCAGUUAUUAUAUUUAACUGGUAUGGUUGAUAAACGCACGUUAGAAAAAUAUGAAAGGGAAGCAAAAGAGAAGAACAGAGAGUCUUGGUAUCUGUCUUGGGCACUAGAUACUAAUCAG